AUGUCAGCAGACUCUGGUGUCAGCAGUCUUUGGCGUCAGCAGAACUUGGUUGGCCGUGAUGUCGACCUCAGACAGGGACUGGGUGUGCUCUUUAAGGUUCAGCCAUCAACUUCAGCUGCAACCACUUCAGCAGAAGGACAGGGAGAUGGAGAGGAGAAUCUAUGGGAUAUCUUGGACAAUAAGAUAAGUGAGACACAAAGUUCCACGAUGUCACUGCAGAUGCAACAGUUGAAUACUACAUUUUAUGUUCUUUCUAUCUGUAUUUGCCUUACAGUGCUUAUUGCAGCACCUGGGUUGCUUGUUUCUGGAGAGAAUGUGAUUACCUGUGAUGGUGAUAUCCAUCGCCUCACUUGUGAUCGUGGAGUUAUAUGGGUGGAGAAUAGUUUGUAUGGCCGUACGGAUAGUUCCAUCUGCAGUACUGCACAUCCCCCUCUUCAGGUUACUGAUACCAGCUGUUCCAUGAGUAUUUCCACUAUUGCUGAGAGAUGCAAUGGACUAAGUGCAUGUGAGGUAAACACGGCUGCACUUCAGACAUCUGACCCAUGUAAAGGAACCUACAAAUACUACGACACCAGUUACAGCUGCUACGAUGCCGAAACAACUGUGAUCUGUGAGCACAGCUAUUCCACACUGGAAUGUGCUGAAGGUGAAUAUCUUCAGAUCAUAAUUGCGAACUUUGGGCGUUCUGACUCUACAACCUGUUCAAGUGGACUCCACAGUGGUUUGACCAAGAAGACCAACUGUUAUGCUUCGAACACAUUGUCAACUCUGGCGACACUGUGUAAUAACCAGCAGUCUUGCACUGUAGAAGCUUCAUCCACCAUCUUUACAGAUCCUUGUCCCAACACUGCUAAAUACCUCAGUGUGUCCUACAUAUGCUAUGGUGAGCAAUCAGUUUUAGAUUACACUUUAGAUUAUGCUUUUUUAUUUUCUAGGCAAAUGACUUCAGAAAAUUUUAAACCUAGCCUUGGUUCCCACAAAGUGUUGAUUCUCAUGAAGUUAUAUGUUUACUAUGGGGAACUGGAUUCUGCGCACCCGGAUGUACGGUUUGGUUUUUCACUCCGGAACGCAAUCUUCUGCAUAGUGACAGCGGUGCCUUACAGCGCGGUUCCAGCGCGUGCCUUAUGGUGGCGCUCACGAGCGCAGUCGCUAUGGGACCGUGACGUCAGCGGGCCUGAAGGCGGAAGUCCAGGCAUCAACAACCCCUACGUCAGUGAGGAUUUUUGUUUUUUAGGGGACAGUCGCGAGCGUUCUUGA